AUGGCAUUGAACCCCGUGUCGACAGCAACCCACACCAGAGCCGACCAAUCAAUGACCCUGGCCAUUUCCCAUUCUUCCACCCGUGCCAGGAUCUCUGUCGCUCUAGAAGAACCACUCAAAUCAAUGAUCCCAUCUGUCUCAUCUCCUGAAUUCUUUUUUGUCAUCUCAAAAAAGCAACAAUGGCUGCACACCCAAGCGACAAUCCCUCAAUCGGGACCGGGGAAAGAUAAAGAGCGGCCUGAAUACCCCAGUUACGAUUCGAUGAAACGCCUGUUCGAUAAAAAAGACGACACUCCGUGGAUGGAACCCAGCCCACUCCCCUUUCCACAAACAAGUUGUCCCACACACGAGAGACGAGCUGAUCCACCUUCCACUACACUACGUCUGGCAAGAGAUGACAUUGGGUUGGCGCACCGAAAUGAGCAAGGGAAAGCAGCUGGGAAGAGGCACGAUGAUAAGAAUGAUCUACGGGAUGAUCUGGUUAGAAGUCAAAUGUUGUCCACGUGGAAUGUGGAAGAUCUGAACAAAAGCCCAAGCCUAGGACGCGACAAGGCUCUACCAAAGAUGAGAUACGUUGAUGAAGCAGUAUGGGUUAAUAUCGACCUCGGCCUACGCCGUAUGGGGCACAAAGGCUCCAUCUUCUGCCUCCGCGUCUAUCCUCGUGGCAUCGACAUGGUCCUUGACCAACCCCCCGGACUUGAACCCGUAGAGCUCGCUCUCCGUGCCUCGAUCAGACAAGCCGAGGAGCAUCUGGUCGUCUACGUUGCAUUCGCUAAUUCGGGGGAUGAUUUUUCCAAGCGCCGGCCUCGGCAGUUCCAGAAUGCCCAGAAUAAGACGAAUAAGAUCAACAAGGGCCGAGAUCCUUGGAAGAAGACUUUGCUCUAUACGGACAAUUAA